CUACCUCACGACUGCAAGGGGCUCUUCUCAGCCAUUCUCUGAACCCAUUUCUCGAAUCUCAAGUCGUCCUCGGACGCGAAUUAUUAGUCAUGUCUGGCGCCGCAAACCGGCAGGGAAAGAUGAUCAACUACCGCAUGAAGGUAACACUUCAAGAUGGUAGGCAGAUGGUUGGGCAGAUGCUCGCUUUCGACAAGCACAUGAACCUUGUUCUCGCCGACACAGAAGAGUUCCGCCGUACUCGAAGAAGGGGCAAGGCUGCACCAGGCGCAACGCAAACAGUCACCGAGACGGAAGAACGACGCGCGAUUGGACUCACCAUCAUUCGAGGCGCGCACGUCAUCUCAGUGUCAGUCGACGGUCCGCCCCCAGCAGACCCCGCCGCGCGACUUGGAGGAACGACUGGCGGUCCCACGACUGCUGCGACACUGGCUGCUGGACCGGGUGUUGCGCGACCAGCUGGACGCGGCUUGCCUGUUGGCCUGACCGGACCUGCCCCUGGUGUUGGAGGCCCUGGCCCUGGAUUUGGAGCAGGCUUCCCAGGCGCUCCAGGAUUUGGAGGACCACCCCCAGGUUUUGGUGGACGGGGAGGACCUCCUGGUGGACCUCCCGGCUUCCCUCCUGCUGGUGGACCUCCUGGCUUUGCUGGGCCCCCCGGUUUUGGUGGACCCCCUGGUUUCCAAGGACGUGGCGGACCCCCGGGCUUUGGUGGCCGAUAGACGGUGGUGUAGACACGUCUUCCAUAAAGCCUCUCGAGUCUUGCCUCGAUUCACGCGAGAUAGCAGACUGCAAGAGGAUCAACAUGUGCAGCCUACCACAUACAAAGAAAUGCCUAGUGACAACAGACGGAGAUAUUGGCCUGAGGAGAUUUGUGUAUCUGUGGGACCAUCCAAAUCAAUAUCACGUGCAGAG